UUCCGGCCUGGUCACCGGUCGGUUCUCGGUAAAAUGGCAGAGGUCGGUCAGAGGCUGGGGAGCGGAGUUUACCGACUGUCCGCUCUCAGGAACAGCCAGAGCCGACCGGGCUGCACCGGAGAAAGUCCCGGAUCUCUGUUGGUGAACUGCACCUUCAGUGACAGCCGGGUUGAAGAGGAAUCAGCCCGGGAUCAACGUGCAGUUCAGCCGGUGUCAGGAAGCAGAGCGGCACCGGGCAAAUCAGAGAAACUUUCCGGAGUGAGAAAAAGUAAACUUCAACAGGAAAAUGGGAGUUUGCUUUCUGCCGUGUCUUUGGCGCUGGAUUCAUCCCGUUUUUUCGGGUUUGUUCAAACAGGUGAGAGCGUGCAAGCUCAUAAAACAGCCCUCAACCUUGCCGCAAGACUGCGGCCUCUCCGCCAGGAGAAGCUGCUGCCCUGCAGGAUGACAUCCUGGACCAGAGGAGCUGUUUCCAUCCACCCUGACACCUUCAGGUCCCCUCAGCAGCUGCGAGCUCUCUGCACUGUAAUCUUCAUUCUGGCAGAGCAGGGAUCAGAGAGGCCAAGUUGUGGAUGGAGACGUCUGAAACUACACCCUGAUCCAUCUACAGCAACUAGAAACUACAGCUGGAGGAGUGACAGGAGCUCGAAAGAUGCUCCUCUGCUGUACAGAAGCAGGACGGCCUAUUACGACAUCCUCAAAGUGUCCCCCGGUGCCACACAGUCCCAGAUCAAGACAGCCUACUACAAGCAGUCCUUUAUUUACCACCCUGACAAGAACCCGGGGAACAAGGAGGCCACCCAGCGCUUCUCUGAGAUCAGCGAAGCUUACACCGUGCUGGGCAGCAUCAGCCUGCGGCGGAAGUAUGACCGGGGCAUCCUGAACCAAUCAGACGUCCAAAGUGCAGGAAGACCAUCCUCCAAAGAGGCCACGAGCAGGUCCGCGGGCUCCCCCCAUCAUCAUCAUCAGCAUCAGCAGCAGCAGCAUCAACAGAGAGCCAGACGUUUCUCCCAAGCUGGCGGGAAGCCCAUGUUUGACUUUGACGCCUUUUAUCAGGCACACUACGGGGAGCAGCUACAGAGAGAGAGGAACAUGAGAGCUAGAAAGGAGCGCAUGCAGGAGAAGCAGAGGGAGAAUAUGAGCAGGUGGAGGCAGGGUAAAAUGAUGGAAGUGACUGUGGCGAUGCUGCUGGCCAUGGCAGGGCUGUUAUUUAUAAAUCUCACUAGGCCCUGAAAUAGAAGCAGCUACCGGAUGUGUCUCCCUGGGGUUACAUGUUACGACUCUCGGGGCAGGAGGUGGUGGGUGGGGCCUACCUCAGACGUUUUUGCAUGCGUUGCACAGUUUCUCACAGUUGAAGAGGAUUAAUUUUACCGUGUUGCAGGAGUAAACAAAGGCUGGUUCUCUAAAGCAGCAGUCGGGCUUUUCACUCAUAAAAUGUAUCCGCACAAGCGGAUUGUAUUAAGGGAUGGGUUUGCAUUUUUUUCAAGUCUGUUUUAAGACAAUGGUCAGGUGCCCGUAUGAACAUCAAAGCAGGUUUUGCGUACUGUAAUCAUUCCUCCUGUUCACACUGGCCACCGAGAGAUCCCCUCCUAAUGUGCUUUCAUUGUAAGUGAUGGGGGACAAAAUCCCAUCCAUGCAAAAACUGUAUUCCAAAGUUUAUUUGCAGCUUAUGUGAGGCUUCAGCAGUCUGUGUUGGACAAAUCCAAUGGAUGUCUUACGAAGUUACAGCCUUUUUAAAAAAAAUACACAGUUCACUGUCUUUGUCGCGAUCUCGCCACUGCAGCUCAGUAUGGAAACAGGAAACAAAAAAACAAAAAGUGCGACCUGCUGCUGCUGCUGCUGCUGCUGCUGAAGCCUCAUAUAACCGAUAAACUCUGGAGUAUAUCCUUUCACAGAAUAAGGACCGUGGACUUUGUCCCCCAUUGCUUACAUAGGACAGGAUCUAAAAAGGAUGAAGAAACUUUACACCGAUAUAUGCUUACGUAGAAAGGACUAAUUGAUGAAAAAAAAAAAAAAUCUGUAAUUCAAGUACAAAUUGUAAACUUGCAAACCACAUUGCACGAAGUCUGGAAUUAUUUAUUCCUGCAGUGAUUCGAGCAUUUAACUGAUGAAUGCUAGGUAAGGUAUCAUAUUUCACAUUUCAUGGCUUCCUAACUUUUAAUUUAUUAUAAAAUUGGUAAAUUCUUACUUGCCCAGAUGUUGCAGCCUCUGCAGGAGAAAACCUGAGAAUCUGAUGUACACAUGUAGAUUUAAUCUAUGCGCCGUCACCAAUUGUUCUACCAGUUGUGAAGUUGCUGUGCAAACCCAUUAAUUGAUUUACUUUCUAUAAGCAGGUACAAGUCUGAAGCCAAACAACUUGUUUGGCAGUUGAGUGGAUUGUUUUUUUUUUUUGUUUUUUGUUUUUUCCCCGUCCAUCCAAAUACUGCACAAGGAUGGGAAAAAUUAAACUUCAGAUGCUGAACAAUGUACAGUUCUUCCACCUUUCCCUUUACACUGGUUCUGUAAGGUAGACAAUUACUUUUAAAUGUGGAAUUUGAAAAUAAUUUGCUAUUAGUAAAUUAAUACACAUUUUGACAUCUUGCUCCAGGUGUGUGUACAGUUAUGUAAUGUACAUACAGGGAUGCCACAUCAUGUUUGAUAUGUUUAUUAGAAAUUUUUAAAAUUGUUUAUUUUGUGUUUUCUCUAUUUGAGAAAAUAUAAUAAAAAUGAUUUAUUUUUCUUUUGAUA